GUCCGCCGACCGGAGCCGGGGUAGACCGUGUGUCCGCCGACCGGAGCCGGGGUAGACCAUGUGUCCGCCGCCCCGGAGCCGGGGCAGACCCGGGGUCCCCCGCCCCGCCCGGAGCCGGGCUAUCCUCGUUAUCUCUCGUCAUCGCCCGCCGCCCGGCGUUCCCCCGCUCCGCGGGCAGCCCCGGAGCCGGGGCAGACCCGGGGUCCCCCGCCCCGCCCGGAGCCGGGCUAUACUCGUUAUCUCUCGUCAUCGCCCGCCGCCCGGCGUUCCCCCGCUCCGCGGGCAGCCCCGGAGCCGGGGCAGACCCGGGGUCCCCCGCCCCGCCCGGAGCCGGGCUAUCCUCGUUAUCUCUCGUCAUCGCCCGCCGCCCGGCGUUCCCCCGCUCCGCGGGCAGCCCCGGAGCCGGGGCAGACCCGGGGUCCCCCGCCCGGCCCGGAGCCGGGCUAUACUCGUUAUCUCUCGUCAUCGCCCGCCGCCCGGCGUUCCCCCGCUCCGCGGGCAGCCCCGGAGCCGGGGCAGAGCCGGUGUCCCCCGCCCCGCCCGGAGCCGGGCUAUACUCGUUAUCUCUUGUCAUCGCCCGCCGCCCGGCGUUCCCCCGAUCCGCGGGCAGCCCCGGAGCCGCGGUAGAGCGUGUGUCCCCGGGAGCCGGCGGGAAAUCACAGCCGCCUCAGAACGCCCCGGAGGCGGACGGCUCUUUCAGCCCCCCUUCCCACCCAAUGAACCCCCCACUUUCAAGACCAAGACGUAUUUUCGAUUUUUCGAGUUUCUGGCCUUGGUUUAUUUUUUUGCGGGGGGACGGCGGGGCGGGCUUGUGGUUUGGUGGUUUCGGGCUUUCUUGGGUUCCCGCCCCCCCCCCCCUUUUCGUUUUUUCUCCUUUCCUGAAAGAAUGGCUCUUUUAGUUGCUUGGAACGAGAAACUUGUUUGGAAAACAAAAAUUUUUGGUGGCAAACUUUAUUUCUUUUCCUUUGGUGUCCAGAGCAUUCCGAGCCGAGCCGACAACAGGCAGCCUGUGCCCUGUGCUCGGCCUGCUGACAUGCUGAACUGUCGAAACAGCGCCCCCCCCCCCCUCCAACCCCCCUCCCCCACCAGAAUCUCACCCCCUGGGGCUGAAAAGCUGGUGGCUGUUCUGCGGCAGAAGCGCCUGGCUGCCUCUCUGGAUGCCUCGGAUGAGGAGAUGAUCAUGCCUGGAGAAACACCCUGA